CCUUUCAAUGGUACGUGCUUUUCAGUGAAUCCCUCACCUACUAACUAUCAAUUUGUUUUCAAGGCUGCAAACUCGAACGAACUAAUCGGGGAGCGUUUGAUGACAAAAGAAGGUGUUCAGUCGCCUUUCAUUCUCAAAUCCUUUAUAGCAGGCGGUGCCUUUGGUCAGGUGUACCGAGGUCUAAAUGAACGAACAGGACAGCUAGUGGCCAUCAAACUGGAGCACAACGAUGCGCCGCACCGACAACUGUACCUUGAGUUUGGUUUUUACUUGAAACUGGGCAAAAACUGUCCCUACAUUCCAGCAAUUUAUUUCUUUGGCAUAGUCGGCGAGGUGUGGAACGCCCUUGUCAUGGAUCUCUUGGGACCCUCGCUAAAAAAGCUCUAUGAGACACUGGGCCAGUUUAGCGAACAGUGCACAGCUGCAGUAGGCGUCAGUUUGAUGCGCAUUUUUAGUGACUUUCACAAAAAAGGCCUACUUUUUCGAGAUGUCAAACCGGACAACUUUCUGGUGGGAAGACCCAACAGCAAAAACGCACACUCCAUUUACCUUAUCGACAUGGGUCUAGCCAAGGAAUGGCGUGACGAGAAUGGUCGACACAUUUCUUUCGCUAUUGACAAGCCAAUAACCGGAACUCCUCAGUUCAUGUCAACUAACAUGCAUCAAAAUCAGGAGCUCUCAAGACGUGAUGACAUUGAGUCGCUCAUCUACGUGCUUAUCUACCUUCAAACGGGCACACUGCCAUGGUUUGUGGUAGACGAAGAGGUAGGCAAAAACAUGAGAAAACGAGUGGAAAAGUAUGGUGAACUGAAGGGUAAUCUGAGUGCCGAAGAAAUCUGCGUCAAUAUGCCGCCUGCUUAUGGAAAAAUUUUAAAGAAGAUUCGUAAGCUAAAGUUUGUUGAAGCACCCGACUACAAAGACUACAUUCGUAAACUGGGCUCGGUGCUAGCGGAAAGUAGUAUCAACCUCAAUCGCCUCGAAAAGGCUUUUGACUGGAAUCGUUCUCACACUAGACGAUCAAG